AACUACGGAAAUAUAUGAAAUAGAUUCAAUUAACAAACUAAUUUAGUAAAAAACCAAGUAUCUUAGAACCCAAAACAAAGACUGAUUCUCUAAAUAGUUUAUACAAAUUAGUUCGUAAGUAUAAAAUAAUGUUCAAAUGUAAUUUUGCUAGUAUUGAGUAUUUAGCAUAUCUAAAUUGGGUAUUUAGUUUCUUGAAACAAAAGUAUUUAAGUAAGUAUGUAUGUAUGCAUCACUGAACAUUUCUAUUUUUCACUGAGAAGUGAUUCAGUCUGCUUGCUCACUGUAAAUCUAUAAAUAAAAAACUUUCUUGAUUUACUGUCGAAACCUUUGCCUUGGAAACGGGGGUACAUAAAAACCUACUUUGUCAAAGUGAACAAAACAAUAAAGAAAGAGAACAUAAAGGACAAUAUAUUUCUAUACCUCGCAACGCAAACUAUACCAGCAAAACAGAAACGUAUAUUACUUUUAUUAAAAAACGAUUAUAAAGUGCUAUGUCUCAAGGAGAUAUGGACGAAGACUUCCUGGACUUUGAGUCAAAAGUCAAUCAGGUAAUGAAACUACUUGAGGAUAUGGCCAGCGCUAAUAAAUCGGAGUCAGAAAAUACAAAAAAGCCAGAUACUAAGUCUGAGAUCAAUGAGGAUAAAUUUAUUGUCAGCGUGCGUCAGGAUCGCACGGUGCUCAAUCGGAAGGCGGCCCAUGAGAAAGACCCUAAUGAUCAGGGCGGUCCGCAGCAAAUGGACAAAUAUACCUUCAUGCAGCAGAUGGAGCAAGACGCCGCCGAACGCGCUAAGGUGCGGCAAGAGCGCGAGCGUAUAGCUCAAAACUUUCGCAGUCUAGGCAACGAAGCUUUCCGCAAGCAGAACUACGAAAAGGCCAUACAAAUGUACACAAAAGCCAUAGAACACGUAAAGGAUAGCCCGAUACUUUACAAUAACCGAGCGCUCUCUUAUCUCAAGCUUCGCAAUGCUAAACGCGCAAUAAUCGAUGCUGACUAUGUGAUUAACAAAUUAGACGAAAAGAACUUACGAUCCUGGUUAUAUCGUGCAGCGGCCUAUCUGCGAUUGGGCGAUGAAAAAAAUUAUGAGACGAGCAUUAAAUUCGCAAAGAAGAAUAAUUCUAAAGAAAUUGACUACAUAGCUGCAUUUCAAGAGAAACUCAGAACAGAAUUCUAAAUAUGGACACAAAAAUAAGCCCAAGCACUUUAAAUUGAU